ACUGCCUAGUGACUUAAGGCGCGAAGAUUUGUGUGUUAUCUGUUCUUGUGAUUCUCUGUAUGAUUGUUCGAUAAGCCUAACAUGGUUACAGCUGUUCAGCCAAUGUUUGGUCUUUUAAAACGACUCCACCUACAUCCAAUGGAAAAUGCUUUAAAUGAAAUAAGUCCACAAACUUCCCUUCUGCAAUCUAUAAAGUUUAAAGCCCAGCCAUUUCUGUUUCGUAAAACCAAAUCUGAAGAAAUACGACGUAGUCACGACAGUAUGGGCCAGAAGAGACCAUCACCUUACUUUUCUAACACGGACCUGAAAACUGCCAAACGUUCCCGCCGUGUUACGAAAUUAACUGAUAAGAUCGUAAAUCCCGUGGAUGUAAACUUUAAACCUAAUUAUGAGAACUCAAGCAUAAAUUAUUCAACUUUAUCUCCUGGGGUAACCCCAUCAAAUCCACCGAUUUUUCCAUCUCCUACUUCAAUCAAUUCCCCCAACUUUUCUGUAUCAAAUGUUUCAUAUUCUUUACGCACCCCGAACUCUAGCGAAACCCCAGUAAUUUCUCAUCCGAAAUAUCUGUGCCUCCAAAACUCCCCGCACCCAGUUUGCCAGUAUCGAUCCCAAGUUACUCCCGUCGUUAGAACUAAUCCCACAGAGUGCCAGACACGUAUUUCUACACGUAGUACGGAUUCAUUAUUAGAUGAGAAUCAUUUUGUGAUUGAAGAGGAAACACCCGCUACUUCUAUUUGUGCAAAGGACUCCCUCCAUUUAAAUAAAAUAACUGGCCAUCUUAGUGGACAGAAUCUUAAGGAUGUUCGAUACGUGAAUCGCUCACGUAAUACCAGCAGAUUGUCUCCUGUAUCUUCAGUAUCUAAAAGAUAUGGUAAUUCGGACGAUAACAAAUGUGAUGUGAAGUUGAAAAACAAAGAUAAAGUUGUGAUUGUAUACAAGGAACCACCAAAGCGUCGGAAAUCUAUUGAUCAGCUCAUUGAACCUUCGAUUCAUGGAUUACCAGAUCCCGAAAUUUCCACUAAACCUCGUACACGAAAACCAACUCAAUUUUUACAACUUAAUGCACAAACUACUGAGCCUUCGUGUAAUGAUCAAAAGCCUGCCUAUCUCACUACUCAGUCAUAUUAUUAUGUACCAGAUUUUACUAACCGUCAUCUCCGAAGUCCAGAAACUGUCCAAGUUCAUGUGAUAGAGCCGAGAGGUAUACCAAAGAUGUCCAAUUCAGCUGUUCUUAUUGAGGUUCCUAGCUGGCGUGUUAUACCUAUCCCAGGUGUCGAGAUCUAUAUGGAUUGUUCUUGUGGGACAAAACAUUCCAAAUCAUGUCCCAAAAAACACCCAGACAGACGAAAACUAACAGAUACGGAUACUCUUAAAUCAUGUAAUCUCCGCGCCUUACGAUCCAGCUUACUGACUAUUAACUCUGUCCAUUCAAAUAAAAAUUAUCCAACUCCAGAACUUAAGUCAAAACCCAGGUCUAGAUCUUCCCAGACACAAAAAGAGCAUUACCAAGUUGGAGAACCUAUCAAAUCAGUUGGCGUUUUGGAUGAAAACAUAUCAGACCCAGCAUUCCUUGCUCGCCAUUCGCGUUUGGAAAUUGAGGAAGUUCGUCACGAGCGCUUAUCUCGCCAACGUACUGCAGAACAAGAACUAAAGCAACGUUUGGAAGAAAGGGAUCAAGCCAGUUGGCAUAAGAGACAACCUGGUCGUUUGGAUCCACUUCUGAAGUAUAGACCAGCUAGUCGGAUGCCGACUCAACUAAGCUACGCACUCAAGCAAGGACAUCAAUUUCACGUAGAUAACUCUAUACCGGUGGUCGCAUUCGGUUGUCGUGUGCCAAUAGCCUCACUAAAUUUUACAACUAUAACUGGUUGUGUUGUUGCAAUAACUUCUGACACUAGUUGUGGACAGUUGACUGCAAUCUAUGGUCAUCAAAUAAAAAGAUUGUCGAGAAAUAACUGAUAGCUGCUAACUUAUCAUCCACGGCUGAAUAAAAACGAUUACUUGUGCAAAAUACAACGAGUGAAUGUGUCUGUCGUAUUUGAUGUAGUCCACUUAUAAUCUUGGAUCACUAGUUUCUAUCAUCUAGAGACUCUUCUCCAAAAACCUGCAUUUCCCUAUAAAUAAAAAAUCGUAAAUUGAUCCUAUGAUUAGAUUAAUAUCAACGUUGACAAGAGUUACUGACCAGUCGAAAACUGAUGCAUGGAAUAAAUCAAUUUCUGGAAGUUUUAUAAAGAUUUCAGUGUAAUCUAUACUUCAUGUUUAUCUUUUCUUUUUUAUUGAUAUCGUAUUCAGUACUUUGAAAUUAUUGUUGUAAUGGAAAUAUAAAUAUCAGGGACUGUUUAUUGAUUGACGUGGCCAUUAAUUUCCUCUCACUGUUGAAGUAGUAGUACAUAGUUAUGCAGUAUCGUAUGUCAUUUUCGCGUGGCCAAACAAAAUACGUGGGAUUGAGAUCAGGACAGGUAGAAAUCUUGUAUAUGGAAAGAUAGUUGCAUAUUCGUGGUUCCAGUUUAAGUGGUGAGGUGUCACAUUCGUUAUUCAGUAUUCGGUGUCAACAGUCUCUACAAACUAUUCACCAUUGAUUCAUAAAUUCUAAUUUAUGAACCAUAACUUAGGGCGACUUGUCUUCAUGGACUUUAACUCAACCUUACCGUUUUAAUGAUAGUGCUUCUAAUUAUGUUACUAAACAUUCAAACCAAGUAGGUUUAGGGGGAUACCUUAUUCAGCAAUAUCGGUAUAUUUAUUUAUUUGAACACAUAAAUAUUGGUACAAGAGAGCGCCAGUAUAGAUGCGCCACACAAAACAAUGAGAAUUCGAAGAGAAAGAAAAAAAGGUAAGGAGCGUGAAAAAAAGAACAAUAACGAAGAGGUUGGUGUAACGUAGUGUAGUAAUAAUAAUAGUAAUAAUGAGGGAACGGAAAGGUACAAUCAGAAGAAAUCUUUCGAUUAAGGGAGACACAACCACUUUAUGAAGAAAGUAAAAGGUUACAGCAGGAUCGCCACUGGCUUCUAUUCUGAGCCAUAUCUAAUAACGUCUCUAGCCACUGUGUAGCACCAUCUAUCGGACCCCAACCAGGGAGUCGUGAAGGAACGACAGAAGCCAGUUCUUUGCAGCUUUCUUCCAUGCCACGACACCAUGUCAUGCACUGACCACCUCUCCGCUUCUUCCAACCAGUCCCAGAGUCGGCAAAUAAUGCACGACGUGGAAUUCUCUGGGACGACAUUCGUAGAACAUGUCCAGGCCACGGAAGUCGGUGUUUCAAGAUGGUGACAUCGAUUGCAAUGUCGGUAACUGUAAUAUUUGUGAAGAAUUUAAUCUUUAUAGCUUUUGGACAUCCAUCAUCGCGUCUUUUAUUUUUCUCUUUAUAGACCCUUCACAAAGUUCAGCAUUCAAUAAAUUCACACUAACGUCAGGUUAUUCACAGCAUGUACAGUCUUUCGUUUUAACUUUUGAAGCUUUUCACAUUGUAUAUAUUAGCUUUUGUUACACUAUUGUUCCUACGAUUUAUUCUUCCAUCAUCAGUUGGCUAAGUGCUUGAUUCCUGUUAUCUACCCUCACAAAUACAAUAUACUGACCCUAAAGCUGCUUCAUUGGAUUUUUUCUUUGUUAAUAUCAAAUUCAUUUUCAUCCUUGGACUGGCGUUAUUAUUAUUUGGCCAAAACAUCCAUAUAUCAGUUUCUCGAUAAGGUUCAUUUUCUAAAUGAUACUAUAUUUAAAAAAAAAUUACGAAUCAAACUUUAUGUUAUUGUAAUUCAGUAGUUUAACUUAAGCUGUUUUAAUCGCUACCAGAAACGCUUUAAAUAAUCCACUUCAUAAGUUUGUCGUAAUGACCGUAAAGCUCUGUAUAGAAUUCCACAUGUCUUUUACGCUAGUUUUUCUUCCAGCUUACUACACUAUCUAAAUACAUGUAUGCAUUUCUUUUCAUAUAAAAGAUCUGUAUUUAUAAUUCUAUUGUUUUCAUUAAAUCCACUACUAGUUGUCAUCAGUUGACUUUACACUUUAAUACAAUAUAAGUUAGUAAUGUUUACUCCUGUAAAAAAGUAUUUGAUGGUAAAAGCAUUUAGGUAAGGUACUGGUUAAUUCUUAUCCUGGCAUUUAUGUCGAAAUGAAAACUGAAGGGAUAGGUGAAUAAAAACGAGGUAUUAAAAGUAUAGCUUGGAGAGGUACUUUUCUGCUACAGAAAAUAAAACAAACGACAAUCUCGGCUCUCUAAGCUAAAAUCAUGUGUGGUAAUUUCUGCAACGGUCUCUAAACUGAGACCAAUCAAAUUACCUGUAUUUCUCACCUGCGGACGGGUGCUGUGAGCUUGCUCAACCCCGUCCACGGGUCGGCCUCGUGUUGCAUUAUCUCAAGAAUUGGCUAGCCCCCAAACGCCCUGGUAUGACCAAGGGUGGGGAGAGUCCGCUCUCCCUCUCAAAAUGCUCACAUGGCCACACAUAUACGGUUACUGCCAGGAAGGUCCUACUCACUGCCUUCUCGCGGCAUUACUAUUGUUUACAAAAUUGAGGACGAAAAGCGAAUGUCAGGCGCCUUAACCAGGUUGGUGGAUAUGGAGGAUCCACCUAGAGUAGUUGAAAAAUUCUGAUUCCAAAACAAUGGUGCACAUGGGUUCCGGUAUCCUGAGGGAACAAAUGGCGUAUGAACCAAUCCUUGGUCACCGGCUACCGUAGGACUGCAUCUCCCUACGUUGCUCUACUGCCUUGUGGAUCAGAAUUUAGGGCCAAAGUCUCUGAAUGUGACCCCCUAGGAAAACCACCUGCUUCGGUCUGUGCACCCGGGCAGUAUCACAGCCCACACACAAAUGAAGUGACUUGUGUGGCGCAUAUGUAUUCAGUGCCCCUUUGUACCAAUGUUUUCAAAUAAAUAAGUGGAGAUGGUAAUACUUCACAUCAUGUACUUCCCAUAGGAAACCAACAUAUCCAGCUCUAUCGCUUUUCACUGUUAGGAAACCUGUGUCACUUAUGCCACUUUGUAAAUUGUUCAAGUAUUCAAUAGAACGAAUAUUUUCCAAAAUCUUUGAUCAAUUCUUUAGGUUGGUAAGACUCACUACUGAUCAAGAUUCUUUAGACAUCAAGCAUAAAUAUCCUUCGUAUUCACAGAUUUCGUGUACCUUUCAUCACGGAAGAACUUAUCUGGAUGUGGUGAACUGUUAUUGAAUUAUCAGGGUUAUUUGUGACUCGAUAAUCUAUCGAUCUGUAUGGUUACAUAGUGAUCUUUAUUAACGGUCGUAAAAACAUUUUAUAUUCUUAUGUGCCAGAUUGCAUGAGGGUGGAUCAUAAGGUGAUGCUACGUCAUAAUUGAGGUGAUCACCCUGUGAAACCGAACCCAUAGAUAGUUUCUUCCUAGAACCUAGUUGCACACAUUAAAAUCCUGAGUGACUACUGUCUCACAACUCUGGGAGUUUUGUGUUAGUGAUUGCCUUAUCUUGAGUCCUAAUAAUUUUGGUGUUGGUGACGUCAAUUUGGUUGGUAAUAGAACGAGGGAGGCUAGAUACACAAAUUCAGAUCUCAUCAGACUUAUUCUCACACCGAGCAGAAAUUAUUUUCUUUGCUAAAUUUAGACAAUCUUAAGUGAUAAGGUAAAGUGUAUAUAAAGCAGGUCGUGUUUUACCACACUACAUUCCAUACAGUCAGUACAAGUUGAUUUAUCAAAAUGUUUUUAUAUAAAUAGGUAGAAAUGUGAAGUAAAUUAACAUCAAACUUGUCGAGACUGUUGGAAGCAACUAAUGUAAGCAAUAGUAUGAACAUAAGAUUCAGGCCAAUUCGAUAACUACAACAAUGAGUGCUCGCAUAAGACAGUAUUGUGAUAUCUAAAUUUUACGCAAAAACCUAAAAGUUGCUUGUAGAUUCUGAUCAUCUUGUUCUUAUACUAUUCUUUACCUAAUUUAUCCAUUAAGAUUCAUCUUGAUACUUAUUUUUGACACAUUAAACGCACUGUUUAGCUUCCUUUAAAGCAAUUGGAUUUUUCCACACGACACUACCUAUCAUAUCAUUUGUUCAACUUGGUCAACCAAUUGACCUAGAAAUAUCUCGUCACCAAGUAAAUUCAUUCUAUAAAAUUAACAUUUCCAUAUUUUCACUCUGAUCAAUGGAUUUUGAAGGUUACACUCAUAUUUUUAUUAGUCGUUGUGGUAUAUU